CGGCUCUGACCCCCUCGCGCCCCCGCGCGUCCAUCUCUGUUCCCAGAGCGGUACAAGUGAUGUAAGGCGGCCAGGCUCGCGCGCUUUCCUCCUGCCGGGACGGAGUCCUCCCUCCCCGCCGGUGGCAGCGCUGUGCGCCCACUCUGCUGCUGCGCCCAGGCUCCGCUUCCAGAGCUCCGGCGACCUGCACGCCGCCGCCAAGCGCGAGGCUGGCAAAGACUCUCCUCUCCUCUCCCACCUCCCUGCUCCCCUGCCCCACCUCCCGUGUGCAGCGUCGGUGGGGAAAACCAGGCUUGGCUUUCCGAACCCAGGGAGAGAACCGAGGGACAGCCCAUAGGAAGGUUUCUGGAGACAUUCAGAGUCUCUCCAUUCACGGUGGCAGGAGCCUUUCAGAAUAGAGAAGGGGUGCUUCCUGGCUACCAAGCAGCCCCCAACCUGGAUGGAGUGAAAGAUGCGUCCCGAUGACAUAAACCCGAGGACUGGGCUGGUGGUGGCCCUGGUCAGUGUUUUCCUGGUCUUUGGCUUCAUGUUCACUGUCUCUGGCAUGAAGGGGGAAACUCUGGGGAACAUCCCUCUGUUGGCCAUCGGGCCAGCCAUCUGCCUUCCAGGCAUCGCAGCCAUUGCUCUGGCCAGGAAAACCGAAGGAUGUACCAAGUGGCCAGAGAAUGAGCUACUCUGGGUCCGCAAGUUACCCUGUUUCCGGAAGCCCAAGGACAAGGAAGUGGUAGAACUGCUGAGGACCCCCUCAGACCUGGAGUCCGGCAAGGGGAGCUCAGAUGAACUGGCUAAGAAGGCAGGCCUCAGAGGGAAGACGCUCCCACAGGGGCCAGUUGAGGUACCUAUGGCCAGCUCCAUAACCACCCCCACCCCCACAGAGGAAGGAGAAUGCCAGAGUUUAGUCCAGAGUGGGCGUCAGGAGGAGACGUCCAGAUACCUGGAUGGCUACUGCCCCUCGGGCAGUUCCCUCGCCUACAGUGCCUUGGACGUCAAGGGCUCAACCUGGGACAGAGCUGACCGCCCUGAGCCUGAGGAUAGCAUCUUCUUUGUGCCCCAGGACAGUAUCAUCGUUUGCUCCUACAAGCAGAACAGCCCUUAUGACAGAUACUGUUGCUACAUCAAUCAGAGCCAAGGCAGGUGGGACCACGAGACAAUAGUCUGAUCUGGGCAAACAAGGGUCCCAUGUUGACAGACACAUUGCUACCCUCAGCUCCCAAUGGAAGAAAAUCUCGGCUCCAACGGCCUCCUCGCUAUUAGAAACUGGCUUGGUAUGUGAUGGGGUGCAGACCUCUGGUGCCUGAUACUCGUGUAAAUAGGCAUGGGAGGGGCAUGUUUUAGGGAAGUACUGAGAAUUACUUCUCUUUAGGGAAGAGGCAGUAAAUAGGAAAGAAAGUUCCAUUUGCUUCUGAACAAUUUAAACAAUGUUGAAUGCUUUGUAAAACAGCCCCCAAAGUGCUAGGAAGCCCCUGGUGACAGCCAGGGAUGCAGAGAGUGAGCCAGGUAUCAAAUGUCGCAGGGGCUAUCCACACAGAAGCUGGCUGCUUUGUGUCUGAAGAAAGUGAAGGAAAAUUUGUGUUCUUUCCCACAAAAUGAGUUUUGUCUGUUGAAAAUGUUGAAAAGCUUUUCACGUAUGGUAAUUGCUGAAAGAAAUAAAAAUCGAGGUAGAAUAGGGAAAACCUCCUUGGACGGGAUGGAUUUUGAGGAAGGGGAGUUAAAAGUAGUUGGAAUGUAUGAUUCUGGCAAGACUAUGGUUUCAAAUGAAGUGUUGACUAUGUUAUGUGAACUCUUAAACUCUUCAUUUGAGUUGGUUUGCUGGGACUGUAUCUGAAGUUUUUAAGUACUUAUUAACACUUAUGUAUUUCAUUACCAGGUGCAAAGUGACUUGAUGUAAUAUUUUCAUAGAUUAGAAUUUCUUUUUAUCAAGACAAAACAAAUUUUACAUAUAUAUGUCUAUCUAAGUGUCUUCAAAGUUUCUGAGAGGCAUGUACUAGGAAUUACUAUAUGCCUUUUAGAACAU